CAUCUCUCCGGGCUGCUUCCAAUGUUUUAGCCACCUUUUUGCAUUUCGUAGUUUCCUCUCUACCCCACGCUCUUGCAUACCACCUGCAGGUAUAGACCAUCAUUCCAUCUCUUUUCUACCUCCCCCGCAUCUCACCCCAAGGAAGCGGAUAUCCCCUCCAACACUCACGCGUCCACAGAAUUUCUUCUCACUACCCCACAUCUUCAGCUUUCUCCCCAGGCUCACCACUUGGUCCUCCCUAUAUUUCUUUACAACCAUUCACAUCCUACAAAGCUCAUGAACACCGCACUCAGCGACAUUGGCCACAAUGUGCAACGGUCUUCUGGCACCUCCAGUAUAAAACUCGCGUCCAACAGUAUCUGUGACAUCACUACCAAGGAGAAAGCUGAAGGAGGCAACAGUUCUGGGCUCUAUUUAAAUGCAAAGGCAGAUUAUUAUCUCAUUUCGAAAUUCGACUCUGGUUCACGGGAUUGCCUGUUUCCAGGCACGAACCAUGCUACACUCUCCACCUCGUAUGAUGCGUUUUUCACAGACGAUGCCUAUAAUGGCGGAGACCAUGGUGCUUCGGCCCUGAUCAUGCCGUAUGGGCACGGACCCGUGGAAUUCGAGGACACUCGACUCUACGAAGGACGAUAUGAAGAUCGAGGGGACGAUGAACGCGAAUUUGAAGACACUGGACACCAACAUCUGCUUGAUAGACAACAGCAACAGCACCCGCACCAGAGAUCUCCGCUACAAAAGCAAUUGCACCUGUCGGAGGAUGCAUUGAUCAUGGAGCCCACGAUUCUGGCGGGGUAUCAGCGUAGACAUCCACAGCCCACGGAGCAACAGCUUCAGCUCCAUCUUGUGCAACCAUCGUUGCUCGAGUCAUCGACAAUGAAGAGAGAGCGUGAGGAACUUCAGGGUAUAGGUCUGAUCUAUCAUCAAUUGCAAGAUGAGCAGGAGGAACAGGAGGAGCAAGAGUCUCCAAAUCAUGAUCACACCAUGGAGAUUGACAAUGAUGAACACGACAAUACGACCGACAUGGAGGGGGCAAUAGAGAAGAAGCGCAAGGGCAUAUGGAGCCAAGAGCGCGUUACUGAGCCCGAGACGGAUCAAGACGACGACGACGAGGAGGAGGAGGAUGUGGAGGAGGAAGACCAGGGCUCCGAUGAGGAUGUUCCCAUGCAAGAUCUGAAGCGCAAGCGUCGCCGAAAGAGUGAAGCUACAGAUAUCCAACAACAACAGCAACAACAGCAACAGCAACAGCAACAGCAGCAGUACCUUCACCGCCAGCUAUAUUCUUCCUCCUCCUCUUCCUCCUCAUCACACACUCCUGCAUCUUCAUCAUCUUUAUCCCCAGCGACGCAUUCCAGCAACUUGAUCACAGAGCAACAAUUCCUCCUCCUAGCCGAGGACUAUCUACUCUCGCUCUCACCAAAGAAGCGCGAAAAGGCCCUACUGUCGAACUCGAUGUACCAAAAGAUCCUCAUGGUGUUGCUCCAGCCCAAGAACACCCAGGUCUCGACCGCGCAGUUUCGAUUUUGGGCCAAAAAAAUGUUCACUCUCUCUACUACCCCAACUCACCAUGUCGUCUGCCAUGGUGGUAAACCUGUCGCGACUAAGGAAUGCCUCUAUGACGUACUGGUCUACUGCCAUCGAAAGAGCUCCCAUGGUGGUCGGGACAAGACGUCUGCAGAGGUGCGGCAGCAUUACUCGUGGGUCCCCAAGGAGCUGAUCGCUCGCUUUGUGAAGCAUUGUCCGCUUUGUCUCAGCCGUCGCAACACACAGCAGCGUCAAAGUGCACCCGGAACUUGUACGGUCCCUGGGAUCGAAGCCUCUAGCCCAUCAUUCCACCCGAUUCUAGACGUGUCGUUGCCACGGCUCCAUCAGAGCCAACGGCACCAUACGUCCAAAACAGAAGGACCUCUGUCUCUGCCUCAAGAGUCACUGCAGCAGCCGGACCCUCCGCAAGCACAACCGCACCAGCGCCAGUACCGCCAGCAACAACACUUGCAGCAAUAUCCGCAUGCGCUCUAUGAUCAAACCAUGCACCUAGAUCAAAAAACUCAUCCUGCGAAGAACUCUGACGAGGACUACGUUGACAGGCUCGACGAUGAAAAGUCAAGUCCGCAAGACCAGAACGACUGCAUGCAGGUCGAUCAAGGCGCAUAUGAUGAUGGCCAGGGACCCACCAACCCAAACGAGGUCCCACACGCGCUUAGCCCACACGUCCAUCCUAACCGCCAACACCACCAAAAUCACUACUAUCCAUUUCUGCAACAUCGCCCUUCUUAUCCAAACUACCACCACCCCUACUUACACCAUCAACAGCAACCCUACCGACACUCUCACCCACGACACCACGCUCCGUCUCCGAAACCUACGCCGCCCAUCAUACCCAUCGCCGUCCAUCCAAACGGCCACAUCCUGCACGACCGCCACCCAAUCCACAACCGUGCACGGCUCAUGGGCCUCACGACUUCCACUGGCCCCACCGUUACCUCUGCGUCCACAACUUCAAACUCUUUCCUGAUCGCGCCCUUCCAACUCCCCUCCAACUCCACCUCCGCCUCCGCCUCCGCCUCCGUCUCGACCUCUUCUUCUCAAUCUGCAUCCACACUAAACCCAAAUCCUCAUACCACCUUCAGCAUGACCCUACCGCCCUUCCAAUACCCCUAUAAUCAUCAUCAGCAUAAAGUCCACAACCGAUCACCGUCCUUCUUCUACAACGCCCUCGGUUUAGAUCCUCCACAUCAAAUUGUCGAGUCUGCUGAGACUCAAGUCUAUGGCUACGGAGAGAAUAAUGGAAGCGAAGAAGACGAAGAAGUGGAGGAUGAAGAUCUACAGCGCGUGGAAGAGAAUGGGGAGGAGAAACAAGAGAUAAGGAUCAAAGGUGAAGAUGGCGAGAAAGGGAAUGCCGCUAUCGAAUAACAGAAUGACAGUUAUAGGUACUGAGCGAGGGGCGAAGGAAGGGAGGAGGAAGGCUCAUGCCUUUAGUUGUGUCUUUCAUGAUGAAACUCGGAUCUCUAUGGUAAUCCAGAUUUAUAUCAAUGAUACGCCCUUCCUUCGUCCCUCCCCAGAUCCCUAAUGCUUCAUGCUCACACAAGCUCCACUGCUCACUCGAUGCCAGUAUGUACGCAUAAACCAUUAAAAAGCAUGU